GCAAUAGACAUACAUUGAAGAGAGCCUCAAAGCACUAUGCCACGUCUAAUUGUGAACUGGAUUCGUAGAACACUAUUUCUAUAUACAAUUGUUGACUUUGUUGGUGCCAUCGAGAAGACCUGUUCCCCUAUUAUUCAACUACCUGUACAAGAGAAUUCAAGAUUAACAGGAGCUGUGAUUGACACUGUUAUAUCUUCAGGUGUUGUUACUUGCGCCAAAGAAUGCCUGUCAAGACAUGCGUGCAAGUCCUACAACUUUCAUCUUGAUGACGGGACAUGCGAGCUCAAUAGUGAGGAUAUCGCAAGUAUUGAUGGAGCAGUGUCAGCUACAGGGGUGAAACGCUUUGUGUUCUCUGUGUCACAAAAUUGGCCGCAGAGAAUACUUGGUGCAUGUAAAGACCACAACUGUCCUUUAAACACACGGUGUGUGGAAGUAAGGAGCAAUACCUCGCUGUGUGUUAUAACAUACUGCACAGCUCCUCCUGCGGUUAAACAUGCCACAGCGUCGUCCCCGGUCAGUCAGGUAACUCCAGUAAAUCAGUCAUUGCAGCUCGAGUGCACUGCAGGAUACGUACCGUGUGGAAACGCCGUCACAUGUAAACCGGAUGGAACAUGGACCGUUAUGACUUGCAAGCGUCUGUCAAACUGUGGAGAUGUGCUUCAGUUUAGUCCCACGUACACUGAUGGAGAAUACUGGCUGUAUCCACAACCACUGAAUGGUGAACGUGUAAAGGUGUACUGUCAUGGCAUGAAUAAUACACCCUCAGAGUACAUCUCUCUGACCACACCUUACUUCAUGGAUGCUCCUAGGAUAUCGAAUUUCAAUUGUUCAGGAAACGACACACCUGCUGAAAAGGACUGGCUUGGACAUCAUAUUUAUUCAAAGUUUGGCUUGGAUGUCCAGACCAUGGAAAUCAGACAAUCGGAUGACGAUUUCUACAGCAAGGAGGGGAACAAAUCUGCAAGAGUGGGUGAAGUCCGAGACUGCUACUCUCGUAAUUGUGGCCCAGUAGGCCGUGCGGUGAUAGAUCUGAGAGGGACCGGAUUUUCUCUUGAUACUGGCGUAACAUGGAAGAUGCUUGGUAAAUGGGGUCCGAACGUGACGCGAUCAUCAAAUGGCCAAUUGAUCGAAAUUAGGUGUGGAGGAUAUUGCGGUGUGUGUAAAGUCAACGGUUCUCUGUCCCUCUCAUUUGCUGAAUCUGAUGCUCCAGCAGAGAACAGUGCUACGGUCCCUACGUGUGCAUGAUGAGCAAGUCACCGUCCAAUUCUCUUUGUUCAUGGUUUGAAUUUCCACUAUUACCAUUAGGGUUGCAAGCCGAGAGGAUGGAAGCCCUUUUGUAAUCAUCGGAAUAUUUUUAUUAUCAUUAUUUACGGAUUUAAAUAAAAAUGGAGCAAAGAGCGUUUGGGUGAUCCUGGCACAGUCAGGCUGUUUAGGCCCAUCGUCAGGGCCCUUGACCUCUAUACUCGCAGCCUCCGACAGCGAAAGGAUAGGGUCAGGUUUAUUGGCCUGGAUAGGUCUGAGGCUGUAUACAGGCUUAUUCCAAAGAAUUUUGUAUGACGCCAUCUACGUUGUCUAUAUGAGGCGGUAAUAAAAAGAUCGAGCCACUUCAUACUGUGUGUGUGCCAAAGCUGAUCUUGUCCUUUUUGAUAAAUCCAAUACAAUAAUAAUAACAUUAGAUUUUCUGUCCCUUUUGACACUAAUGUGAUUGAUAAAUUCAGGAAAAACAUGAAAUGUCUCGAAAUGCUUGCAUCCCAAGACCACAUUGUUCUCGGUGUCAUAGGUUUGGUACCCCCUAAUCUGUAGACGGACGUUGGGAGAGUAUCCGGGGUUUACAGCCCUUCUGACAAUCUGGGUAAUGCUGAAGGAUGCAGUGUUGGGGAGUCUUCAAAUUCGUCGAACAAUUCUGGGUUGGUUCGACUAGGCAGCGCUUCCUGGAAGAAGUCCCAUUCGCUGUCUAAUAAUAAUAAUAAUAAUAUGUGGUUUUGAGACAGAGGUCCAUCCAUGGUACGG